AAUCACACCCUCGCGGGCGGGAGGCGGGGCGACGCAACUGUCGAGCUCGCGCAGGCGUGGUGCAGGCUGGUCGGCGCCUCUGCACUGCGAGGGGCGUCAGCGCAGGGAUCUCAGCCAGCGUUGAGUGUGGCGCCAGGAACCGUGUGUGGGUGAUUCUCCCUGGGGUCAUGCAGAGAGCAUCCCGUCUGAAGAGAGAGCUGAGUCUGCUGGCCGCGGAGCCGCCCCCGGGCAUCACAUGCUGGCAGGAUGGGGACCGAAUGGAAGAUCUGCGAGCUCAGAUAUUAGGUGGAGCAGACACACCUUAUGAAAAAGGUGUUUUCAAGCUGGAAGUUAACAUUCCUGAGAGGUACCCAUUUGAACCUCCUCAGAUCCGAUUUCUGACUCCCAUCUACCAUCCCAACAUCGAUUCUGCUGGAAGGAUUUGUUUAGAUGUUCUCAAGUUGCCGCCAAAAGGCGCCUGGAGACCGUCCCUCAACAUCGCGACCCUGCUGACUUCUGUUCAGCAGCUCAUGGCCGAGCCCAACCCCGAUGACCCGCUCAUGGCCGACAUCUCCUCAGAGUUUAAAUACAACAAGCCCGUCUUCCUCAGGAAUGCCAGGCAGUGGACAGAGAAGCACGCGAGACAGAAGGUGGGGUGUCUGUACAGCUCUGAUUGCGCUCCUGUUGUUGCUCUGUUAAGCGCUGAUGAAGAAGAGACGCCUGAUAACCCCCCAGAGGCGGGUGACUCAGAAGGGCACAGCGAAGCACAGAAGAGGAAAGCCAGGCCCCUGGGCGGCGUAGAAAAGAAAUUCUGCCCUGACGUUUAGGGUGGGGUUUGUCCUGGCCCGUCUCAGUUAAUAGGUUCUUUGCCAGCAUGGUCCAAUUUGCUUACGUUUCUGGAAUGUUUUUCUUUGUAUUUGAUGACAUUAUCGUUUUUAUAUCCUGUGAAACAGACCUUGUGUAUUUAUAUGUUCUGCUCUACAUUGAUUCUCUGAGUGCAGUUUGUUUUAUUUAGCUAAUACAUAUGUGUCCCCAAACUUGUAAACCUGGAAAAUAAAUAAUCAUCUAGUGUUGA